CCGCCAUGAGCGGCUCCUUCGACAAGAAGCUCUCCAGCAUCCUCACGGACCUGUCGGGCUCGCUGAGCUGCCAUGCCGCCUCCAAGGACUCGCCGACACUGCCCGAGUCCUCCGUCACCGACCUGGGCUACUACACGGGCCAGCACGACUACUACGCGGGCCAGUCGUACAGCCAGCCCGUGGGCCACUAUCCCUACCACCAGUUCAACCUCAACGGCAUCGGCGCCGCCGGCACCUACUCGCCCAAGUCCGACUACUCGUACAGCCCCUCGUACCGCCAGUACGGCCACUUCAGGGACCAGCAGCUCCCGGCGCAGGAGGCAGUGUCGGUGAAGGAGGAGCCGGAGCCGGAGGUGCGGAUGGUCAACGGGAAGCCCAAGAAGAUCCGCAAGCCGCGCACCAUCUACUCCAGCUACCAGCUGGCGGCUCUGCAGCGGCGCUUCCAGAAAGCCCAGUACCUGGCGCUGCCCGAGCGCGCCGAGCUGGCCGCCCAGCUGGGGCUCACCCAGACCCAGGUGAAGAUCUGGUUCCAGAACCGCCGCUCCAAGUUCAAGAAGCUCUACAAGAACGGCGAGGUGCCGCUGGAGCACAGCCCCAACAACAGCGACUCCAUGGCCUGCAACUCGCCGCCCUCGCCGGCCGUCUGGGACAGUAACUCGCACGGCGCCGCCGCCGCCGCGGGCCGGACGCCGCUGCCGCAGCCGCUGCCCUACAGCUCCUCGCCCGCCUUCCUGGACGAGCACAACCCCUGGUACCACCCGCAGAGCCUCGGCGCCCCCCACCUGCCCCCGCAGCCCCCCGGCCCCGCCGUGCACCACGCCUCGCCGGGACCCCCGGCCAGCUCCGGCGCCGUCUACUAGC